UACUAAUGUAAGUUUAUUUAAUUUGAGGAAGAAUGUCCUAGAAUAUUUUAAUUUAAUUUCAGUACAAGUCAAGGUGGAGCCAUUAUGUCCAAACGAGGAUGAGCAAGAACUAGAGUGUGACUUGGGCAGCACCAUAGAAAACUGCAAUGUGAAAAUAGAGUUGGCGAUAAGUCCUGACGGGCCUGGGCCCGGUGAUGGCUGUUUGCAUCCUGAAGCACAGAUUAAAACAGAGGAUGUACCAUCACAAGGUUGCUCCGUGCGUGUGGAGCGCGUGGCCGUGGACGCAGCGCGGGGCUCGUGCUCGGCGGGCCGGGACCCGCUGCGCCAGCCCACGCUCUACUGCGCCUACUGCGGCGCCGGCUUUCUCACCAAACCGCUCCUCGUCGACCACGAGAAAACGGAACACGGAGCCACUAUUCACAUCUGCCCCAAAUGUCAAUACACCACUCCCAAUAAGAACUUUUUCACGGCUCAUAUGCGUCAACACAAAUCAAAAAACCUGUUCCGAUGUGGUAUCUGUAGCUUCAUGAGCUUCUUAAGAACCAACGUGCGCAAACAUCGACGACGAGUGCAUAGUGAAGAAACUUUCAAAUGCAAGUUUUGUGAAUUUGUGUGUGGUAGCAGAGCUUACUUAAAACUACACGAGCAAGGACACACUGGUGAAAAGCAGCGUUUAAGCUGUGACCACUGUCAAUUUAAUACACUUGUGAAACCUAACUUGGAGAGACACAUGUUAUUGCACAUGGGCAUUAAACCGUUCAAGUGUAGCAAUUGCAAUGUCGCGCUGAGUUCCAAAAAUGAUUUACGAAUUCAUCAGAGAACACACACGGGGGAAAAGCCCUUCAAAUGUGACUUUUGUAAUUUCUCAACCGCCACGAGAAGGUGCUUACGUAACCAUAGAAUGCGACACACCGGGGACAACCCUUAUCAUUGUGCCCACUGCAAUUACACAACUCCUGCAAAAAAUAGGUUAGAAAGACAUAUGAUGUC